AUUUUAUCUUUAAAUACCAACUCACAUCCCACAUUAUUUCUCUUUCUCCCAAUCUCUCUCCUAAUUUCUUCACCCCUCAAACUUAAAGAGGGCAACACAAAUGAGCAACCACCAACAACAAAACAACAACAACCAAUGGCACGGCGGAGAUGGCGGUGGAGGAAGUAGUAAUAAUGGUGGGGGACUUGGGGGCCCAUGUGGAGCAUGCAAGUACCUAAGAAGGAAAUGUGUAAAAGGUUGUGUGUUUGCACCUUACUUUGACUCCGAGCAAGGCACCGCCCACUUUGCCGCCGUACACAAGGUGUUUGGUGCUAGUAAUGCUUCCAAGCUCCUCCUCCGCAUCCCCGCUCACCGCCGUCUCGACGCCGUUGUUACUCUUUGUUUUGAGGCUUUGUCUAGGGUUCGUGAUCCUGUCUAUGGCUGUGUUGCUCACAUAUUCACUCUCCAACAACAGGUACUGAAUAUGCAAGCAGAAUUAGCCUUUGUCCAAGCCAGACUUUCCACCUUACAACGCCUUCCGGCAACAUACCCUGCAGUAGACCAUCAGACUCCUACGACUCCUUGCUGUUUAGAUCAAAUAUCAGCAUCUUCUGGUAUCAAUACUAGCACUACUAACGCAGUUACUUCUUCUAUGCCUUUAUUCGACAACUUUGCAUUACAUUCGCAACCCACACUAUCGUCAUUAGCAGCAGCACCACCAGUAACCGCAGCAGAAUUAGCAAGUUAUUGUAACAUAAGUGAUUAUCAGCAGUUUCAACACCACGAUCUGAUUUUUGAAGACGGUGAUCUCCAAACAUUGACUCGUGAAUUUGUAUCCAAGUAUCUCCCCGGAGUCAAGUUCAAGUCCGAGCCUAACUAAUUUAUUGCUAAUAACACACUAUUGAUCAUGAAGAAUUAGCAAAUGAUCUUGAUAAAUUUUUUGGGUAUCAUAUUAUGCUAAUCUUUUGUAAUGGUAGUAGUUAAGUCUCCUGUAUCUUUGUUGUCACAAACUAAUCUAAAUGUUCUACCGGAAUGAAGUAUUAUAACCCCCCUUGUUAAUUGUUCA